GCAUAUGAUGAUUGAGAUUGAGAUUGAAGAUUGAGAUUGAAGAUUGAAGAUAAAUUCUAACCGGCUCCAAUUGAUUCAAUUGAUUUAUUUAUUUAUUUAUUUAUGGAUUUAUUUUGUUAGUCCUGGGUUUACUUGUUCGAUUUUUUCAUUUACUAAGGUACUUACUCACCUGGGUUGGGUAUCGGUAUCUUGGUUGAUUUUAAUUAUUUUGGUCCGGUCGGCACGUACAUACAUACAUAGGUACUUGCAUACUUACAUACAUACGUUCCUUUCUGAACGAGUGAGUGGGUGUUCUGUGGAUUGGAGAUCUGUGGAUUGGAAAAAUUGGAGGAAUCAGAGAAAUUGGGGGAAUUGGAGGGGAAUUUGGAUGUUUGGAGGGCAAGUCGGAGCUGAGGGGAAUUGUUGAUUGUGAUUGCGAUUGUGUGCGAUUGUGAUUGCGAUUGCAGGUUUCGAGAAUCUGGGUUGCGCGCAACGAACAGAACGAGCGGCUUUUGCGAUUCGAUUGAUUGAUUGAUUGCUUGCUUGCUUGAUAAUUGUAUCUGCGGAAUUCCUAGCGCAUUUCGAGGAUUCGAGAAAGGGAAGAAGGAAAAGAAAGGAAGACGGAGGAAUCUUGCUACUCUACUUAAACUUCGAUAUGGAGGGGUUACUCGAACUUCCGUUGCAGAUAUUAGGGGGAUUAUGGGAGGUGGUGAGGGAUACGCCGGCGCAUAUAUUGGGGUUGAUUUUGAUCGGGUUGGUGGUUGUAGGAUUAGGUUGUAUAUACGCUCUCCUCCUACUCGUCGCGCCCGUCCCCAGACCUCCCUACCCAUCCGAAAAAACAUACAUAACCACCACUGCCUCCGGCACCACCGAAACCAAGCCCUUAACCUGUUGGUAUGAUUCUUGGGUCGCGCAUCGCGAAGCCUCGGUUUCGAAGAGUGGUUCAUCCGCGCAAAAUAAUAUCCGCACCGGGGCAAUCGAACCCGCAACUCUAGAAAUGAGUCUGGUGGUGCCGGCAUAUAAUGAAGAGGAACGGUUAAUCGGCAUGUUGGAAGAAGCGCUUUCGUUUCUCGAUACGACAUAUGGACGUGUGGCGAAAGGAAAAGGGACGGGAACGGGGUAUGAGAUUUUAUUGGUGAAUGAUGGGAGUCGAGAUCGCACGGUGGAGAUCGCGUUGGAGUUUUCGCGGAAGAAUGAUUUGCACGAUGUUUUGAGAAUUGUGACGUUGGAGGAGAAUCGCGGGAAGGGAGGUGCGGUUACGCAUGGCAUGAGACAUGUGAGGGGGGAAUAUGCGGUGUUUGCUGAUGCGGAUGGAGCGAGUCGGUUUGCGGAUUUGGGGAAGCUUGUAAAGGGGGUUAAGGAGGUGGUGGAUGAGGAGGGGAGAGGUGUGGCGGUGGGAAGUAGAGCUUGGUUGGUGGGAAGUGAAGCGGUUGUUAAGCGCUCCGCCCUCCGCAACACCCUAAUGCAUUCCUUCCACCUCCUCCUCCGUCUCCUCACACCCCCCGCCACCUCCCGCAUCCGCGACACCCAAUGCGGAUUCAAACUCUUCACUCGCGCGGCCCUCCCCCACAUCAUCCCGUAUAUGCAUGCCGAAGGCUGGAUUUUCGACGUCGAAAUGCUCAUGUUGGCUGAGAGUGCGCCGGGUGUGGAGGAUGGAGAGGGGGAGGGGGAGAAGGGAAGAGGAAAUGGGAAUGGAAAAGGAAAAGAAAAAGGAAUCAAAGUUUCUGAACAGCCGAUUGCCUGGCAGGAGGUCGGAGGUAGUAAAUUGAAUGUUAUGUGGGAUAGCUUGGGGAUGGCGUGGGGAUUGGCGGUUUUGAGAGGGGGAUGGGGAAUGGGGGUUUGGAGGAGGAGGUGAGGUGAGGUGAGAUUUUGGGAAAGGGUUGGGUUUUGUGAGAGGAGAUGUUGGGUUAUAUAGGUUAUUGAUAGUUGGUUGAUAGCUGGUUGAUAGCUGGUUGAUAGCUUGCUUGGUAGAUAGAUAAAUAGAUAAAUAAAUAAAUAAAUGAAUAGAUGGGUUGAUAAAUAGCGGGUAGCAGAU